AGACUAUUUUUAGUUGUAUUUCUGUUCCACAGAUAUUUUGUGUAGACGAAUAUUAAAAUGAAGUUGAGGUGACCGAGCACAUUAUUAGGUGGGAAAGUGAUGAGAGUUGCAAUUUGGUCACGAAAGUGGUUAAUCUGCACCUGCCGGCUUGGUUCCCUCGCAACCACUCCUUGCUGUGUUUGAAGCUGCCUUGAGCAUGAUGUAAUGACAGGUUAGACUCUGAACGCCCCCGCUGACGCAACGUAGAGCUGAGGCCCAUAAGACUUCAUGGGGCAAGGGUUAUGCUUGUUUAAAAACAAAACAAGCUGCUCCGACUUAAUGAGGCUGUUUAAGAUGGCUUUCCCAGAGUGGGAAGAGUCCCAGUUUGGAGGUUGAAAUACGAGUUUCUGUGUCCUCAGUGUAUUUACUACUCUCACUGCAUUUUGUUCGCAGAGGGAAGAGUUUACAAUAUGCUGCCGAUAGGGAAAGAAGUGAAGUGAGAACCCCCAGGAGGCACUGCCGCUGUAGGAUGAAUGAGGCAGAAUCCUUUUUUUUUGCUCUGUGAAAACGUGGGGAUUAAGUCAGACAGUGUAAUCCAUGCCAGGAAGAGUACUUGACUGCAUUUUCCAUAUACCCUGUGUAUCAUUUAGAUCGAAGAAAGAAACACCUACAGGGCCUUGGUUCCACCUAAACUUGGACAAGUGCUGGCCAGGGCCAAGCUCUUUCCGCGGACGGUGGGUGGACGGUGGGCGGUGCUUUGGGCGCGGCCCGCCCCUCUUAGGACCCGCCCUACCCUGCCGGUUGGUGGUCCCGCCCUGGGUGCCGGGAUUCUGGGGAGCCGGUCGGUUGGGCGAGUUUCAGCGGGCUGUGGCCACUCCCUAGGGCUCUCCUGGUUUGAAGAGGGCCAGAGAUCGCACAGGGCGCCCGGCCACCCCCAUUUGGCAAUUUGGCAGGAGCCUGGCCAGUGAAGCUGUGGAAGAAAACUUUUUAGGCUGACGAAGUCUAGCUCAGCUAUGGCUCCCAUUUUUGGAAAAGCAGGCGAAUUUGAGCUCAGGGAGGUGUGGUCGCCGGCAAGGCACCAAGGCCGCCUUUUCUCUGCGUCUGUAGCCCAGCGGUGACUGGGGAGGAAUGGACUGAAAGAGCCUGACCUCCGACACGGAUUUGGACGUCUUUACUUAUUCACAAGGAGGUGGCCAGGCAGGGCCUGCGUUGCACAUUAUCUUUGCUGCUGGAAGCGCCAUGCCCAGCCUGAUUUCACAUGCCUGGGAAGCCUGCCCUGCCCUUUCUGUACUCCUGGAGGGGAGUCUUGCUCACGUGUUUACCUACGACUAGGACGAGGAAGAGAAAAGAAAUGAGCCGUCAGACUGCUACAGCAUUACCUACUGGUACCUCCAAGUGUCCACCAUCGCAGAGGGUGCCUGCCCUAACUGGCACAACUGCAUCCAACAAUGACUUGGCGAGUCUUUUUGAGUGUCCCGUCUGCUUUGACUAUGUGUUACCACCCAUUCUUCAGUGUCAGAGUGGCCAUCUUGUUUGUAGCAACUGUCGUCCGAAGCUCACAUGUUGUCCAACUUGCCGGGGCCCACUGGGAUCCAUUCGCAACUUGGCUAUGGAGAAAGUGGCCAAUUCAGUACUUUUCCCUUGUAAAUAUGCCUCUUCUGGAUGUGAAAUAACUUUACCACACACAGAAAAAGCAGACCAUGAGGAGCUGUGUGAGUUCAGGCCUUACUCCUGCCCGUGCCCUGGUGCUUCCUGUAAGUGGCAAGGCUCUCUGGAUGCUGUCAUGCCUCACUUGAUGCACCAGCACAAGUCCAUUACCACCCUGCAAGGGGAGGACAUAGUUUUCCUCGCGACAGACAUUAACCUUCCUGGUGCUGUUGACUGGGUGAUGAUGCAGUCCUGUUUUGGCUUUCAUUUCAUGUUGGUUUUAGAGAAACAGGAGAAGUACGAUGGUCACCAGCAGUUCUUUGCAAUUGUACAGCUGAUAGGAACACGCAAGCAAGCUGAAAAUUUUGCUUACCGACUUGAGCUAAAUGGUCAUAGGCGGCGAUUGACUUGGGAAGCUACUCCCCGAUCCAUUCAUGAGGGAAUUGCUACAGCCAUUAUGAACAGUGACUGCCUCGUCUUUGACACCAGCAUUGCACAGCUUUUUGCAGAAAAUGGCAAUUUAGGCAUCAAUGUAACUAUUUCCAUGUGUUGAAAUGGUAGUCAAACA